AUGUCUGCUACUCACUUUCCCUCUUUAUUCGAUAUGACUGUCCUGGAGUCGCAGCAGCAGCAACAGCAGCAGCCCCAUGUGGCAGUCGCAUCGGAACAAGAGAUGCAGCAGCCCCACGAACCAAUUAUUGGCGAACUCAUCUUUGACAAGUUCGCUCAAUCGCAGCCUCGCGCAGAAUCCUUCUCAGCGGCCCGUGCCGUUAAAGUCAAGACGGAGUUUGAAUCGCCACUCCUCGGAGACACUCCCUUGACUGACAACGACGUCAACAGCGCCGCUGACGACUUGGACCAUUUCUUUGCUUCAAGUGCCGACUCUACACCUUUGUUUGGCCUUGAAAGUGUUCAAUCUGACCCUCAGACUUGGGAGUCUUUGUUUGACGAUGAUAUCUCAGUGAGCGUCACUGAUCCUGCUUCAGUGCAGCCAUCUGACGCUGUUGAUGCCGUGAGCUCCGAGCCCGCUGUGUCGCAAACAUCCACUGCCAUCGAUCAAAGAUCCUUCUUGCCAACGCCUGUUAUUGAGGAUGCCAAGAUUCCAGCAACUAUGAAAUCGGCCUCCUCAAGUGGUAUGGUGCAGAAGCCCUCAAGUCUAGACCGCAUGGGAUUCGUUCCAUACACACGUAAGAACCGGGUUGCUCCACUUACUCCGAUAAUACCAGAGUCAGAUGAUCCUGUCGCAUUGAAGCGUGCGAAGAACACUGAGGCCGCAAGACGUUCGCGUGCCAGAAAACUUCAAAGAAUGAGCCAGCUUGAAAUUAAGGUGGAAGAAUUGUUGAAGAAGAACACCGAGCUGGAACAAGAAGUUGCUACCUUGAGGUCAUUACUUGGUGGUCAAUUAUAA